AGGUAUGACCUUUUUUUCUGUCUAUUGUGCUCGAGGUGAAGUGUUGGCUACGUUAUGAAGAAAGACAACAUCCGAAGAUAUGUGUUCUAUACCAUCUAUCCCUGUUUCCGAUAAAAAUAUGUUUCUAUACAU